GAAAGUGGGAUAGAGAGUGUGCGUGUGUGUGAGUGUGUGUGUGUGUGUGUGUGAGAAAGAGAGAGAGAGAGAAAGGAGAACGUCACUGCGCUUCAUCACGCCAUCCUGCAGUCCAUGAUCGCGCGCCUUGGAUGUGUUGAGUGAGGAACAGCGCGCGCUUCUCUUCUUGACUUCCUUUAUUUCUUUCCACCAAAACUUUUUAUUUUUUAAAUUAUUAUUGUUUUUUAUUUUAUUGUAUUUUAUUGGCUUUUCUCUCGGAUUUCUUGAUCCCGUGCGGACCGUUGUGUGAAUUCAUGAGAAGAACCAUGUUCGGAUACUGGAUAACCUCAUUUUUGUUGCUGUCCAUAUUAUGUCAGUUAAUCACCGUGGGCCACUCGUCCAAGAACGGCACUCACGAUGAUGAAGAACCUCGCAACAAGAUCAUGAUGGCCCAGUUUGAGUGCUACCAGAAGAUCUCAAGGGAUCAUGACCGAAUAGCUGGGCUGAUGUGUAACAGAACGUGGGAUGGCUGGCUGUGUUGGGAUGAAGUGGAGGCCGGAAACACCGCAACACAACACUGUCCUGAUUACUACACAGACUUUGACACUACGGAGAUGGCCACGAAAAUAUGCACCGAAUCGGGCAAGUGGUUCGUCCACCCUUCCAGCAACAGAACCUGGACCAAUUUCACCUCCUGUAGAAAACAAACUGCCGAGCGCGCAACGGUUAACCUGUUUUACAUGGUCAUGAUUGGACAAGGAUUGUCGUUGAUCGCUUUGAUCGCUUCUUUGAUAAUAUUCUUCCAUUUUAAGAGCCUGAGUUGCCAGAGGAUUACGCUUCAUAAAAACCUUUUCUUCUCCUUUGUCCUGAAUUCAAUCAUAAUGAUUAUUUGGUUCACAGCUGUCGUGAGAAACAAGGAAUUUGUCCGGUCCGACCCGGUGAGCUGUAAGCUGUACGUGUUCGUCCAGUUGUAUGUUCUGGGCUGUAUGUACUUCUGGAUGCUUUGUGAGGGAAUCUAUCUCCACACGCUAAUCGUGGUGGCCGUGUUUGCCGAGAAGCAACGCCUCAUGUGGUAUUACCUGCUGGGUUGGGGGUUUCCUCUUAUCCCGGCUGUGAUACACGCUGUAGCACGAAGCCAUUACUACAACGACAAUUGUUGGAUCAGUUCAGCUACGUCUCUGCUUUACAUUAUUCAUGGGCCCAUUUGUGCCGCUUUACUGGUGAACCUGUUCUUCCUCCUGAACAUUGUCCGGGUUUUGAUCACCAAGCUGAAGGUGACCCACCAAGCUGAGGCCAGCCUAUACAUGAAGGCUGUGAGAGCCACACUGAUCCUCGUUCCUCUCCUGGGCAUCCAGAUCGUCCUGAUGUCCUACAAACCUGAGGCACACCACUCUGAGGUCUACUCAUACAUGAUGACCAUCCUGAUCCACUAUCAGGGUCUGCUGGUGGCCACCAUCUUUUGCUUCUUUAAUGGAGAGGUUCAAAGUGUGUUACGGCGCCAUUGGAACCAGUACCGCGUCCAGUUCGGCAGCACGAUCGCCAACAAGGAGGCUUUGCGCUCGACCUCCUACACCACAUCGUCCAUGACCGAGGUGCACCGGUGCUACAGCAUCGACAGCCACAUGGACACGCUGAACGGCAAGAGCUUCCACAACAUGGAGGCCACCAUCCUCCGCUCGGAUAACAUCUACAUGUGAGGAGGAAUCGCAUGUCUUUACGCAUGCAAAGACAAACAAACAGAGACAAGCCACGAGCCUCCAUCGGUCUCCAAGCGUCACCCCCCCACCCCCGUCGGGGACUAUCAAAAAGUACUUUGGCACAGAAAGCGCCUUUUUCACCACAAGUCCAGAUAACGUCUUCCGCGAUUUCUUAACGGGAAGGGGAUUCUCGGCAUGAGCUGAGGAACUGACACCGAGCGCAGAGGAAGGCUAGAACCCGCAUGACUGAUGAACGCGAACGCUGAUGAAAGCGCCACCCCGUUUUGGCCGUGCUCGGAAUCUUAAACAGGACGGCAUGUGGGAUUAGCAACACGCAAGAGUCUUUACAAGAGAUCUGGAUUACAUUCCCUCUGGCUCGGAACGGACGUUCUGUGAGAUUUGGUAUAAAAAAAAUAUCUAUAACUGGGUGUAUUGAUUGUGAAACUCCAUCUGUUCUUUGUUGUGUUUUUGCGCCUGAUGGGUUGAAAGAUUUCUGGAAAAGGGAACUUUAUUAAAAAAAAGGCAGGAGAAGCGCAAAAGAAAUCCUGUAUGCCAUUAUUUAUAGUAAAGCAGUUAUUUCUUAAGUUCUUUACAAUAACAGGUUACGGGGUAGUCGACUUCUCGUGUGUUUUAAAGAUUUAAAAAGCGAUAGUCUUGAAAAUAUGAGCCUUGAGUACUGUAUUAACCCAUUUAAUGCAGUUUACUGAUAAAAAAAUUUCAAGAGUGCCCUUUUCUCCAUUUCACUACUUACAGUCAGCACAGACACGUUUACAGUUUUCUAUAAAUUAAUAAAUAAAUAAGCGCAGGAGGCCUUAGUCUUUAUGUCUGGAACAUAUCAUUGAUUUUUUUAGGGCAUUUCAACUUCAUAUGCUGGAGAAAAAAAAAAUAAAAACGAAGCCGAUCACACUUGGAAAAUGUAAAUAGAUUUCUCUGAACAGUGUGUAAUGGAUGUCACUUUUCAUGUAUAUUUAUGAAAAAAAAAAGCAGCAGUGACGAGCGCAGUCUGAGGCCUUUUUGUGUAUCUACUCAUCGUUAUCUGAAUGAGUUAUAAAUCCUUGCAUACAUUCUGAAAUGUUUAAUUCUGGGCAUAUAAAGAAAGGAAGUUCCAGACCGGUUAGGGUUUUUUUUUUCUCGAGUGCUGGGCCGCGUGUCAGAGACGCCGAGUCGCUGUUGUUGUUUUUUUUCCUUUAUAAGUUAUUUCUCACAAUAUUUUGUAGGUCGUAAUUGUACUUCCGAGUUUCCUUCAAUACUUUUUUUUUUCUUUUACACCAUAGUGUACUUGUUCAUAAGAUCCAAAUGCAACCAUAUAAAAUCGUUUAUUGAACCAGCAGA